ACAAAUUAACUACAAAAUGCCUGCACCCGUGUCGUUUACGGUCAGGCCUCCAGGAUCAGCCCCGUACCGACCUUCACCCCUCGGCAGCGGAGCUAGAGGCCCUCCUUCUCGAAGGUUAUUCGAAGACCAUAGGGACGAAGACGAUGAUGAGGACGAGGGCCACUACAAUGUGCGAAGGAGUCAGAAGCCCAAGGACGAACGGAUAGAAGGUUUUGGCAAUGGGCGCAUCAUCGGUGGCGACAGGCCUGAAGGGCCGCUAAUCAUCCCCGCUUUACCUAACAGAGACUGGCGAGCGUCCUCCAAUAAUCGCCGUGCACCAUCUUACCGACCCGACUCCCGUGCAACCACUGAGCCUGUGGAAACUCAUGAGAGGGUUGGUGAUGAACCCCAGCGCUCGGGACUGAGAACGGUUGUCAAGACGGAGGUGCAAGCGGACGAUGGGGAAGUUGCUGUUAAAGUUGAGCGCAGGGAUGAAUAUGAGACACCUUCCUCAUUAAAUGGUACUUCUGGACCAGGAAUAGAGGUCAAGAAGGAGCCGCUCACUCUGGAAGAACAAGCCCUUCAAGCAAUCCUUCACGGCGAUGUGCCCGCGGAAACGGAAGAAGAGCGUCUUCGUCGAGAGCUAAUUAUUGAUAUGGGGAAAGAUAAGCCUUUAUCAGAGGAGGAUGCCUUGAAGCGGGAUAUCGAGGCAUUGCCUGAAGAAUCGACUUUGGAUGACUACGCAGCGAUCCCUGUGUCUGCAUUCGGUGAAGCCAUGGCCCGAGGUAUGGGGUGGAAUCCUUCUGCCCAAGGUACUAAAAUCCAUGAACCUAAACUUCGACCAGCACUCCUCGGUCUCGGUGCAACUGCGCUUGAAACGCCUGUCCCUCCCAGUCGACCUGGUUCUGGCUCCGGUAAAAGGCCAGCGAAACCAAGCAAGAGGGAUAGCAUGAAGUAUAAUUUGUCUGGAGCGUUGGUGCGGAGAGGAGAAGACGGUGGUUCCGCGACGCCUGGCAGCGAGAGGUCAAGCAGACAUAGUGCCGAGAGUGACGGCAAAAGAAGAAGAGAUGAUGAUGGUGGAAGAGAGAGCAAGAGACGUGGUGAUGGUUAUAGAGAUAGGGACAGGGAGAGGGAUAGGGACAGGGAGAGGGAUAGGGACAGGGAGAGGGAUAGGGACAGGGAGAGAGGUAGACGGGAUGAGCGUGAAAGGCGGUCCUAUAGGGAUAGAGGAGACGAUAGAGAUAAGAGGGAUAGGGAAGGAGACAGAGAAAGGAGACGGGAUCGGUAGAGCACUCGUUAAAAUGUACCACUGUAGCACUAUUUCAAG